AUCAUGUGAUUUACAGGAAUCCAUCUGGGUGGACUAUAAAAGGGAUCUGCCCAUCUACUCUCAACAUUCGAAAACAAGGACUAUGAAGUGUCGAAAGAGGAUGAAGAUAAUUUGCUAGCUAUGGCUUCAAAGAUGACCAGCCCUGCUGAAAGUAUAGGAGGGCAAAAUGGAAGGAACGAGGAGAGUGAGGCAUGCUGGCUCUCAGAUGCUGACAAAAUGGAGGUGGACUGUGAUGAUGGUUUUCCAUCAACUAUAGACCCACAGCCUGAAGAGCCAGUGCAGAUAUCAUCAUUGCCAAAUGACACCGGCCGUGAAGUGUCGAAUAUCAGUGAGGAUGAAGAUAAGUUGCUAGCUAUGGCUUCAAAGAUGACCAGCCCUGCUGAAAGUAUAGGUGGGCAAAAUGGGAUGAACGAGGAGAGUCAGGCAUGCCACCUCUCAGAUGCUGACAAAAUGGAGGUGGACUGUGAUGAUGGUUUUUCAUCAUCUAUAGACCCACAGCCUGAAGAGCCAGCGCAGAUAUCACCAUUGCCCAAAGACACCGAUGGUGCCAGCAGAGAAAAUGAGGGAAAGUCAAAGAUGACAGGUUCUUGGCCCAGUAAAACAGAUCAGAGCCAUUCUUUCAGCUUGGCACUGUUUGGAAGCACUGCUGCUGUGAAGGUUGGAUGUGGGAGCCUUUUAUCAGACUUUAGAGGACGUCCUGGUUUAACACAACUUACUCCAACAGAAAGCAAGAUCGCAGGGCGUGAUGUCACUGUGAUUAACAUGAUUGGGCUGCAUGAAGUGAACUAUUGUCAGCAGUCAAUGGAUAACUACAUGGGUCAGACUCUAGGUGAAGAUGGAAUCCAUGUCUUCCUUUACAUUUUACCACCACACCGGCUUACUGAUGGAGACAAGAUGGCGGUGGAGUGGCUUCAAAGAGUGUUUGGACCUUCCUCUCUACACUUUUUGAUCAUUGUUUUCACCUAUGAAAAUGAAGAGGACUGUGACUCAAUUGUAGAUGACCUGAAAGGAAACACUAUUCUUGAGCAACUGAUUGAGAAGAGUGGUGGGAGGUAUUUCACUUCCAACAAGACCUUAAACAAUGAAAUGGAAAUGAGCUUGCUUUUGAAAAAGAUAGAACUCAUGAUUUAUGAAAAUAAAACUCACUACACUGCAGAGAGCUAUUCUGAACAGCUGGAAAAAAGGCAAACAAUUUCAAAUAAUGAAGACUCAGAUGGCCCUGCAGAAGAUGUUGACCUGAACAUUUCUACAGAGACUGAGGAGGAUGAUUGCAGAGACAAUGAGGAAAAAACAAAGAGUCAAAAAAUUAAAAAGACAUCUCAGCCAAAUGCAAACAAUGGUGGUUUUGAGAAAAACACAGAAACAGAUCCAUGUUCUGGAUCCAGUAAAACAGGAAGAAGAGCAUGGUUGGGAAACAGCUGAGGACCAAUCCAAGAAAAAAGAAGAGCCCAGAAGAGCAAACACUGAAGUGGAAUUAAAAGAACUGUUUAAAAGGUUGAACCUCACAGACAG